GAUAAACAACAACAGUCGGACGCUGAUAAAGUUGAUAAGAGGAGUGUAUAAAAGUGACUCAACAGAGGAUGGUACCAUAACGCCUCAGGUCGUCAGGGUAACCGGAGUGAGGAGUUUGGCACGAGGCACAGAGAGUCAGUUACAGUAGUUUGUGUCGUGAGUUUUGGAGAAAAUGAGCAUCAGUAGAAAUGCAAACGCAGAUUUAUACAGUGAACGUGUGUCCGGGGACAUCGAGGGAAACGAAACUACACCUUUAUUAUCAAAUGGGUCAGCGCAGACCAGAGCCAAAGGAGCCUCCUUCGCCUCCUCCGUGUUUAACCUCAUGAACGCCAUCAUGGGCAGCGGUAUACUCGGAUUAGCUUAUGCUAUGGCCAACACUGGAAUAGUUGGUUUUUGUAUCCUGUUAGUACUGGUGUCCAGCCUGGCUGCGUACUCUAUACAUCUCCUUCUGACGCUAUGUGACCAAACAGGUAUUAAUUCAUAUGAAGAGCUUGGAGGAAGAGCCUUGCAGAAACCAGGAAAAGUUCUGGUUGGAAUUUCUAUUCUUAUCCAAAACAUUGGUGCCAUGUCAUCCUAUUUGUUCAUCCUGAAGUCGGAGCUUCCUGCAACCAUCAAAAGCUUCAUGAGCUCAGCCAAUGAAGGACCUGUCUGGUAUGAAGACGGCAGAUUGCUUCUGAUCCUUGCCACACUUAGUGUUGUUCUACCUCUGGCAAUGUUGCCUAAAAUUGGCUUCCUGGGCUACACCAGCAGCAUCGCCUUUUUCUUCAUGCUGUAUUUUGCAGUUGUGGUUGUGAUAAAGAAAUGGUCCAUCCCCUGCCCACUGCCUCACAACGUAACAACACUCUCAGCUGCCUUUCAGAUAUCAAAUUCCUCUGACUCAGAAUGUAUACCCAAACUCUUCAUCGUCUCCAGUAAGAGCGGUUACGCCAUCCCCACCAUGGCCUUCUCCUUCCUGUGCCACACGGCUAUUCUGCCAAUCUACUGCGAACUGGACCGACCCUCUAAGGCCAAGAUGCAGAACAUUACAAAUGUCAGUAUUAGCCUCAGCUUCACUGUGUACGUUGUUUCUGCGCUGUUUGGCUACCUCACCUUCUACGCUCAUGUGGACUCUGAGCUGUUGCUUGGCUACGACAAGGUUCUGCCUCAUGACAUCAUGGUGAUGGUGGUCCGACUGGCCAUCCUGUUCUCCGUGUUGUUGACUGUGCCCCUCAUUCUCUUCCCUGCCCGUAAAGCUGCAUCCUUGCUGCUGUUUGGAUUUCGUCCUUUCUCCUGGCUGAUCCACAUCACUUCAACUGUAAUCAUCCUGAGUGUGGUGCUGCUGCUGGCCAUCUUUGUGCCUGAUAUCAGUCAUGUGUUUGGAGUCGUUGGAUCGACAACAUCCACCUGUCUGAUGUUUGUUUACCCCGGCAUUUUCUACCUCAAGAUAAACGGGGCACCCCUCAGAUCCUGUAACUCCAUUGGGGCUGUGCUCCUGGUGAUCUUUGGUCUCAUGAUAGGAAUCCUGAGCUUCGUUACCAUCGCUCUCACGUGGGUUCUUGCCUACUAACCCCUUUCCUGUGCUAAGCACAAAAGCAGACAAAGGGAAAAGUGUGCCAAAAAAAUAGCGGUAAGAGCGGAUAAAAAAAGGGAACAGAAAGAUGCUUAUCAGCAUCACUUUAUUAUUAUUAUUUAUGGCGAGGUCGUGUUCUCAACAGUAGACUCGUAUUUGUUUUUAUAACUCUGAAAUAUAGACCAAACGCAGCACGAGCCAAACGAAGCGAGGACUUUUAUUUUUUUAUUUUUUAAAAAACAUUUUAUUUGCUGACUUUUAGACAAUACCAGGGUAAAUCUUUACUUUUUUUUAUGUACCUGGAAAAAAAAGUUUAUUGUGUCAGAACGCUAAAAGAAAGUGUAAAGUAAAUUGCCCAUUAUUUUCGAGUUCAUUUUAUGUACUUGUUUUAUAUUUUUACUGUCUGAAAGCCCUUUGUAUUGCUCUGUGUGGAUGAUCAUGCACCUUAUGUAAACCCGUCUGUUCGCAUUUUAAAAUGCUGCAGGCCAAGUCUUAAUUUCGUAAAUGUGUCACAUUUACAGUUUUCUCAAACGUUGUUUAUAGAAGAUUUUCACAGUUUUGCAUACACAAUCACUAGUUCUCAUUAAUUGUAUUCACACAACUCAACAUGGUUUAUUUAACACUUUGUUUUGGGGGGAUUUUUCUUGUCAACUUGUUUUUAUUGUUGAAUACGUGUAUUGAUUUUCCAAACCUCAGGUAGUGUUUCUGCUGCUACUCAACAGUGCCUUGGCCUUUUAAUAAAAGGGAAAUUGCUUUUGCA